GGCUAUCCCCGCAAACUCAGGCCUUAGCUCAGCUCUGCUCUCCAAAUCCAAAAAUCACAAAGAAGCUGCUGGAAUGGAAUUCUAUAUAUGUAUAUAUAGAAGAUAGAUAGAUUAUAUAGCUAGGCAGGGCAGCUGUAUCCACUUAAACACUCUCUCUCUAUCAAUUCAAAUCCUUUUACAUUUAAACAGGGAAGAGAACCACCCAAAAAGAACAUGUUAACUGCUGCAGCCUUUCAAUCGUCGUUCCUAGUCGUCGUCUUGCUGCUGCUGGAAGUGGUAAUUCUUCUAGCUGCUGCUGCUGCUGCUGCUACAGCUACAACCACAGCCACCAAUUCGUACCCAGACUUUCAGCACUUGAAUGUGAAGGAUACUCUAGCCGGGACCAAGGUCGUCCCCCCAAAGAUAUCGGAGUACCACGACUUCUUCAACAACCAUCAAUUAGACACUGAUAGCAUUGGCAGCAGCACAGAUGAUGAUGAUGAUGAUCAGACUACUACUGAUCAAGCUGAAGGAGGCAAUCACCAGCUUCACUCUCCCCGUAAUUACAAGCUGAAGCUCCUCCACCGGGACAGGAUUAUCAUAUCUUCUCCUCAUCCUCAUCAGGGCUUCGAAAGUGGUGGUGGCGAUCAUAAGCACCGUCUCAUCGAGCGCUUGAAGAGGGACUCCAACCGGGCCUCCAGCCUUAUCAACCGAUUGUCCCGUGACCACAACAAUAAGUCUGCUGCUGCUGCACAGGCACAACGUGCAGCUGCCAGUGCCAGAUACGAGGAGGAGGAGAAGGCUGCUGCUGGGGAUUUCGGGUCGGACGUGAUGUCCGGGAUGGACCAGGGGAGCGGAGAGUACUUCGUCAGGAUCGGCGUUGGGAGCCCUGCCAGGAGCCAAUACAUGGUCAUCGAUUCUGGCAGCGAUAUCGUGUGGGUCCAGUGCCAGCCCUGCAGCCAAUGCUACCGCCAGUCUGACCCCGUUUUUGACCCAUCCGCCUCCGCCUCCUUCACUGGGGUCUCUUGUGGCUCCGCCGUGUGCGAACGGGUUGAGAAUGCCGGCUGCCACUCUGGCCGGUGUCACUAUGAGGUGUCCUAUGGAGAUGGCUCCUACACCAAAGGGACUCUCGCCCUUGAGACCCUGACCUUCGGGCAGGCUGCGGUCCGCAACGUGGCCAUAGGGUGCGGCCAUAUGAACAGGGGAAUGUUCGUCGGGGCUGCAGGCCUCUUGGGCCUCGGUGGCGGCUCCUUGUCUUUCGUGGGCCAGCUGGGUGGUCAGACCGGAGGGGCCUUCAGUUACUGUUUGGUGAGCCGGGGAACUGACUCCUCUGGGUCACUCGAGUUCGGGCGCGGGGCAAUGCCUGUGGGGGCUGCCUGGGUCCCCCUCAUCAGGAACCUCCGGGCCCCAAGCUUCUACUACGUCGGGCUCGCCGGCCUCGGGGUCGGGGGCAUCAGGGUGCCCAUAGCAGAGGACAUAUUUCGUCUCAACGAGCUGGGUGACGGAGGGGUUGUGAUGGACACCGGGACCGCAGUCACCCGGUUCCCGAAUUCGGCCUACGAGGCCUUCCGGGAUGCGUUCAUAUCCCAGACCACGAACCUCCCCAGGGCCUCCCCGGUGUCCAUCUUCGACACGUGUUACAACCUGUUCGGGUUUGUCACAUUGCGGGUCCCGACGGUCUCGUUCUACUUCUCGGGAGGGCCGAUCCUGACGCUCCCGGCCAGGAACUUCCUAAUUCCGGUGGACGACGUGGGGACAUUCUGCCUGGCCUUCGCCCCCUCUGGCUCAGGGCUCUCCAUCAUAGGGAAUAUCCAACAGGAAGGGAUACAAAUCUCAUUUGAUGGAGCCAAUGGGUUUGUCGGGUUUGGUCCCAAUGUUUGCUGAUGAGUAGAGUAUAUUUUAUAUUAAUGUACGUAAAUUAGCAGGCUAAUACUCAGUGUGAAUUUUGUAGUCCUUAUAAUAUAUGUUAGUGAGUCGAUCCUAAAUAUAUAUAUAAUAUUGAUAGCAACAUAAACAUUAGCUCGCUGGUUAGCCAGGAUCAUCUCGAUCAAUCAGGUGCAUGUAAUAUAUAUAUAUAUGCUCUGUUCAUGCAGCAGUGCUAACUAAGUAGAUAUAUAAAUGCGUAUGUAUUUUUCUAA